GACACAGAGAGAGAGAGAGAGAGAGAUUGUGCGUGUGUGUCUCUAUUUGGUGAGUUUUGUUUUGGAAGGCAAAGACGCAAAGAGAUCAUGACUCUUCAGGCGUCCUGUUACAGUGUUGGAAUCCCAAGCUUUGUGACUUCCCCAAGUCGUUCCCGCCAUAUAAUCCGGGCGAAAGUGGAUCCCUCAGAGAAGUCUGUUGAAAUAAUGAGGAAGUUCUCAGAGCAGUAUGCUCGUAGAACUGGCACAUAUUUCUGUGUUGAUAAAGGAGUCACUUCAGUUGUUAUCAAGGGUUUGGCAGACCAUAAGGAUUCAUUGGGAGCACCACUUUGCCCUUGUAGGCAUUAUGAUGACAAACCUGCAGAGGCAGGACAGGGCUUUUGGAACUGUCCAUGUGUUCCUAUGAGAGAGAGGAAGGAGUGCCACUGCAUGUUAUUCCUAACACCUGAAAAUGAUUUUGCUGGCAAGGAGCAGACCAUCUCCUUGGAAGAAAUCACGGAAACAACAGCAAAUAUAUAACCAUCUAGGAUGUUAACUUCACUACUUUGAAUUAUGCCCAAUUGUGUGUACAUUCAUAUCCUUUUCAAUGAUGGGUCCUGCUAUUUU